AUGAUCACUGCGCAUGAUUUCCCCAGCGCCCACGUCGCCGACCACGCCGGUAUGGACAUGAUACUAGUUGGAGACAGUCUAGCCAUGGUAGCACUCGGCAUGGAAGACACAAGCGAAGUGUUGAUGGAAGAGAUGCUUCUCCACUGCAAGUCCGUUGCGCGCGCAACAAAGGGCGCUUUUACAGUCGGCGACCUCCCCAUGGGAACCUACGAAAUCUCCCCUGCCCAAGCCCUCGAGUCCGCCAUCCGCAUGAUAAAAAUUGGCCGCGUCAAAUCCAUCAAACUAGAAGGCGGUGCGGAAAUGGCACCCACCAUCUCCAAGAUCACCUCCGCCGGCAUCCCAGUCCUCGCCCACAUUGGCCUAACACCACAGCGCCAAAACGCGCUCGGUGGUUUCCGCGUCCAAGGCAAGUCCACACACACGGCGUUGAAACUCCUCGACGACGCCCUCGCCGUCCAACAAGCCGGCGCUUUUGCCGUCGUGUUAGAAGCCGUGCCCGCACAAGUCGCUGCUUUGGUGACUAGGGAAUUGCGUAUCCCCACUAUCGGGAUUGGAGCGGGGAAUGGUUGUUCAGGCCAAGUGUUAGUGCAGGUGGAUAUGUUGGGGAAUUUCCCGCCUGGCAGGUUUUUACCAAAGUUUGUGAAGCAGUAUGGGGAUGUGUGGGGGGAGGCGCACAGGGCGAUAAGUCAGUAUAGGGACGAGGUGAAGAGUAGGAGUUAUCCGGCUGAGGAACAUACGUAUCCGAUGCCCAAGGAGGCGUUUGAGGAGUUUAGACAGCUGGUUGAUGAGGAGAAGGAGAAGAGUGGCUUGUUGUGA